GACGAUUCCAUCACCAUAUGUUUGACGAUCAUCCGCAGCCAGUUUUGGCUCAAAACGUCGUUGGUACAAGGCCUUGCUGACUUUCGGCGCAUGGAAACACUUUGGUGGAACGUGAAUGGGGAGUAAAGUACAGCAGUCUCGUACGGUCAGAAGCCCAGGGGAGACAGACACUUCGGAAGAAUCAACCGAUUCUGAAAUAUCUUUUACUGUCUCCAGCGAUGAGGGGAAAUUGUCUUCUGAAGACGUGCUUCUUGAAUCAAGCCUGUCCACUCGUGUUCCCUGGCGAUCCGUAAGCGCUUUCUUUUUCUUCACAAGUUACAACGUGGUUUCCAAACGCUAUUUCUCUUUGGCGGCGUCGUCCCGGGACUCGGACGAUCCCCUCGCGCAAGCCGCUGUGUUCGGUUUCCUCGUAAAUAUGGUCAUACUUUCUGGGACCGUUCUCUUCUGUCGAGCGGUCGACUGUCUGGACCACCACUACUUGGCCAUGGUCUGCGUCCUCAGCAUGUCUACAAUUACUGCAGUCGUUGCUUGGGUGUGCGCCCUUACUUUGCCGGUGGCAGAUAGGAGGAUACAGGGCCUCAUCUUCGUCGCCAUUUUCUUAUCUUCAGGCCCACAGCCGCUGAGGGAUGCAAUAGCUACUAAACUGGUCCAAUAUAAUUCUAAGAUUUGCAAUGGUACAUCCCAAAGUUUCGGCAAGCAGCGCCUUUUCAUGGUGCUUGGGCAAAUGGUGCUGGCUCUAAUCACGAGCAGCCUAAUGCAUGGGUUUGGGCCGAGCAAUUGCCUUGUAGCUUUUGCAGGAUGCCUCGCAUGCGCGAUGCUGGUCUUUGGAAUCAGGCUGAAGGAGGUCUCUGAGUGGUAUGGGCAAGUGAAGGCAGUGGAGUCGACUAUCAUUGCAAAAAGACCUACUCAGAGUGAUUGGUGUAGCCGUAGCGGGCUAGGCCUUGUGCCACUCAUUUUGAGCUUCUUGUUCAUUGGCAUGGCUUCGGGACAAAUAGAUUAUAUACUCUUUCCGUACCUGUACGGACUGGGGAUGCCGCUAUCAGUGCUCGGUAUAUCCCACGCCAUUGCCCUUGCCGCGGAGAUUCCGACCUAUUAUCUUGAGAACGAACUAGUUGAGUUCAUCGGCAGCUACGAGGGGACCUUCAUCGUUAGCUGUGCGACAAUGUGUAUCAGGCUAGGCCUCCUCGCAAUGUUCGUGGUUGACAGUUCGCCGACACCCUUGAGCGUCGGCUUCUUGAUCUUCACGGAGAUGCUCCAUGGCCUCGCAGGUGCCCCGGUGAGGUUUGUCACAGCGCGACUCGCGAAUACCGUAGCACCCCCGCACUUGCAGACCACCUUCCAAGCUUGCUUCAACCUUGCGGUUGGCCAUGGGGGGGCCGCUGUGAGUUGCGUGCUCCUUUACUUCUGCAGCAGGGUGGGCGUCCGCGCAAUUUUCGCUGCAAGCGCAGUAUUCUCCCUGGUUGCUGCCGUGCCAAUAUUGAUGUUACAGGUGAUGAACAAACGUUUGAGACAGUAAGCGCUCAGAGUGAUGCUUUUGGCCAUGGCUUUAAGCAAGGGCGUCGCCAAACGAAAGACUCCUCCUGCUCUUUUGGACUCCCCGCUUUCCGUGCGAGAAGGGGGAG